GCACUUCACUUGGCAGAGUCCUAGACCUAUCCUCCCUGGGAGACACUUGUCCUCCAGGGACAUUUUUGUCUGUCUCCCAAUACCACCCUGAUCCAAGUGCCCCAAGAUAUCACUGGGAACCAGCCAGAGACAGAGCAGCUGGCUGGCUAGCCCACAGCUGAUCCAUUCAUGUAUUCCCAGGAAUCGUGAGUUUAAAAGAUUUUCAAAUUGCAGAGGCAUCUCUUGAGUAGGGAAACGUUUCAUGAAGAAUUGCCCAGUGGGGGCAGAAUCUGCGCUGCUUGUAAUGCCUCAUUUCCUAGUAAUCAUAUGCCGAAGGGCAAAAGAAGCAGGAGAAUUCAUCUUGCACACUUGUUUCCCGGGUUUCUACGUCUGGUCCAUGGCACCCAGACCGAGUCACAUCAGAGACUAGGCAAUGUGAGCUUACAAAAGAGACCCUGUGUUGUCAGGCUGUGCCUGGCUUCCAAAGCUGGUGUGUUCUGUGCAUUUAGAGCCCAAUUCAACUCAGGGACAGCCCCACCCUCCCUCCAACCCCUUCCUCCAGAGCUUAUGGAAUGAGUCUUAGCCGCAAGUCAUCAGAACCAAGCUUCAAGCUGAAAUGCUGUCAUAUGGCAUGUUGCACACGGACUCAAACAUGUGGAACCUUGUGUACCUGCUCAGGGAAGCUCAGAUUCAGCUCUGGAGCUCCCUUCCUGCCUUCAGUGUGGCCACUGAUGCCCUUGCAGUCCCAGUAGGUCUGUCUCACUAUGCGGGCCAGGGAAGAAACAACAAGGCCAACUUUGAGCGCAGAGUUUCUCAGCUCAUGAUCUCACCCUGUGACCACGACCGCAGUCGGGAUCCAUGGCCGUUAGUUCUUGGGAGCAAGAUGGACCAGCAGGCUGCAGAGAAGGCUCAGUGGGGGAAAAAAAUGAAAAUUAAAAGGAUUUUAUUGCUGACUUUCUGCCUUUUCUUGCUGCUGCUGACUAAGAUCCACUUCAGGGGACGCAUGGAUGUCAUCACGACCACAGACUGGCUGGCCCCAGUCAUAUGGGAAGGUACCUUUGACAGAAAGGCCCUGGAGAAAUAUUACAAGAAGCAGAACAUCACCGUGGGCUUGGUUGUGUUUGCUGUCGGCAGUCUUACUGACCAGUACCUGGACCCAUUCUUGCAAUCGGCCAGCAAAUUCUUCAUGCCUGGCUAUCGAGUAAUCAUCUACAUUAUGGUGGAUAAGUACCUGAAGCUACCAGAGAUGGAACACAACCCUCUGCAAUCCUUCCAAGUACACGUAAUAGACAAGAUGUGGAAGAGCUUUGACCUUGUGCGCAUGAUAGUCUUGUCCGAGCACAUCCGGGGUCGGGUCAGAUAUGAAGUGGAUUUCCUCUUCAGCAUGAGCAUCAACAUGGUCUUCCAGAAUGAGUUUGGAGUGGAAACUCUGAGCACAUCUGUGGCUCAGCUCCAUGCUUGGUGGUAUUUCCGAAAGACAAUGCAUCUCCCUUAUGAGAGGAGACCUACAUCAGCAGCCUACAUUCCCUUUGGACUGGGGGACUUUUAUUACGCUGGCACCAUUAUAGGUGGAGUGCCCUUUCAGGUCUUGGACUUCGCUCAGCAAUACUUGAAAGGUGUUAUCUUGGAUACAGAAAAUGGAGUUAACAGUACCUACGAAAAGUACCUCAACAAAUAUUUUUUCCUCAACAAACCCACCAAGCUUCUAUCCCCAGAAUACAGCUGGGAUCCCACCUUCAACAUCCCUCGGCAAGUGCAGUAUGUUAAGAUUGCUCAUUAUCCCACAGACGACUUAUGAUGUACCAGUGUUUAUGGGCUACAGAGCAAACCACAGUAGUGCCUCAGAGACACAGACUGUCUUGUUAAAAACCCACAUUUCAGAGGCCCGAUAAUGUAUAUUUUCAAAAUCAAUUGUUCUUUCUUGAAAUUUUAAGUUGUCCAAUUUGGCUGAAUAAAACGUGAUACUUCAUGUCCGU